AAGGCAGACGAUGCGAUGUCCCGGGCCACGUCCAUUGCAGACCAGCUGGAGGCGCCAGCCCGCACCAUUUACCUCAAUCAGCCGCAUCUCAACAAAUUCCGUGACAACCAGAUCAGCACGGCCAAGUACAGCGUGCUGACUUUUCUACCUCGAUUCUUGUAUGAGCAGAUUAGAAGAGCUGCUAACGCCUUCUUCCUCUUCAUUGCCUUAUUACAGCAAAUUCCAGAUGUAUCUCCAACGGGAAGAUAUACCACCCUGGUGCCAUUGAUCAUCAUUUUAACAAUUGCAGGCAUCAAAGAGAUUGUAGAAGAUUUCAAGCGACAUAAGGCAGACCAUGCAGUUAACAAAAAGAAAACGAUAGUGUUAAGAAAUGGUAUAUGGCAAACCAUUAUGUGGAAAGAGGUGACAGUGGGAGACAUCGUGAAGGUUGUCAACGGCCAGUACCUUCCGGCAGACACAGUCCUGCUCUCCUCCAGUGAACCUCAGGCAAUGUGUUAUGUCGAAACAGCUAAUCUAGAUGGAGAAACAAACCUUAAACUACGUCAGGGUCUGAGUAACACCGCCGACAUGCAAACGAGGAAGGAGUUGAUGAAGUUAUCUGGAACUAUCGAAUGCGAAGGACCGAACCGCCACCUCUACGACUUCUCUGGAAACCUAAACUUAGAUGGGAAAAGCUCGGUUCCCCUUGGGCCUGACCAGAUCUUAUUAAGAGGUACACAGCUUAGAAAUACUCAGUGGGUCUUUGGCAUAGUUGUUUAUACUGGACACGACACCAAACUCAUGCAGAAUUCUACCAAAGCACCUCUCAAGAGGUCGAACGUUGAGAAAGUGACGAACUUGCAGAUCCUGGUGCUGUUUGGCAUCCUCUUGGUCAUGGCCUUGGUGAGCUCAGCGGGGGCCCUGUACUGGAACCAGUCUCAAGGUGGAAAGAACUGGUACAUCAAUAAGAUGGACACGACCUCGGAUAAUUUCGGGUACAACUUGCUGACGUUCAUCAUCCUGUACAACAACCUGAUUCCCAUCAGUUUGUUGGUUACUCUUGAGGUUGUGAAAUACACCCAAGCCCUUUUCAUAAAUUGGGACACGGAUAUGUAUUAUCUUGGAAAUGAUACUCCUGCAAUGGCCAGGACAUCAAACCUGAAUGAAGAGCUUGGUCAGGUAAAAUACCUAUUUUCUGACAAAACUGGAACUCUUACAUGCAAUAUCAUGAACUUUAAGAAGUGUAGCAUUGCUGGAGUAACCUACGGUCAUUUCCCAGAACUGGCAAGAGAGCCAUCCUCCGAUGAUUUCUGCCGGAUGUCUUGUCCCCCUAGUGAUUCAUGUGACUUUGAUGAUCCCAGGCUCUUGAAGAACAUAGAGGAUCAUCACCCCACAGCUGCUUGUAUACAAGAGUUCCUCACCCUUCUGGCCGUGUGCCACACCGUCGUUCCCGAGAAGAAUGGCGACAGCAUCAUCUACCAGGCCUCCUCCCCAGAUGAAGCUGCUUUGGUGAAAGGCGCUAAGAAGCUGGGCUUCGUGUUCACGGCCAGGACGCCCUACUCGGUCAUCAUAGAAGCUAUGGGACAGGAACAGACCUUUGGACUCCUUAAUGUCCUGGAAUUUUCUAGCAACAGAAAGAGGAUGUCUGUGAUUGUCCGAACGCCCGCGGGACAGCUCCGGCUCUACUGCAAAGGGGCCGAUAAUGUAAUUUUUGAGAGACUUUCAAAAGAUUCAAAAUACAUGGAGGAAACGUUAUGCCAUCUGGAAUAUUUUGCCACGGAAGGCCUGAGGACUCUCUGCGUGGCUUACGCUGACCUCUCAGAGAAGGAUUAUGAGGAGUGGCUGGAAGUCUAUCAAGAAGCCAGCACCAUAUUGAAAGACAGAGCUCAGCGGCUGGAGGCCUGUUACGAGAUCAUCGAGAAGAAUUUACUGUUACUCGGAGCCACAGCCAUAGAAGACCGCCUUCAAGCAGGUGUUCCAGAAACUAUAGCAACUCUGCUGAAGGCAGAAAUUAAAAUAUGGGUGUUGACAGGCGACAAGCAAGAAACUGCAAUUAAUAUAGGAUAUUCCUGCCGAUUGGUAUCACAGAAUAUGGCCCUGAUCCUACUGAAGGAGGCUUCUUUGGAUGCGACGCGGGAAGCCAUCACUCAGCACUGCACUGACCUCGGCAACCUGCUGGGCAAGGAGAACGACAUGGCUCUCAUCAUCGACGGCCACACCCUCAAGUACGCGCUGUCCUUCGAGGUCAGGAGGAGCUUCCUGGACCUGGCACUCUCGUGUAAGGCCGUCAUCUGCUGCAGGGUGUCUCCUCUGCAGAAGUCUGAGAUCGUGGACGUGGUUAAGAAGCGGGUGAAUGCCAUCACCCUCGCCAUCGGGGACGGCGCCAAUGACGUUGGGAUGAUCCAGACGGCCCACGUGGGUGUGGGCAUCAGCGGGAACGAGGGCAUGCAGGCCACCAACAACUCGGAUUAUGCCAUCGCGCAGUUCUCCUACCUGGAGAAGCUGCUGCUGGUGCACGGCGCCUGGAGCUACAGCCGCGUGACCAAGUGCAUUCUGUACUGCUUCUACAAGAACGUGGUCCUCUACAUCAUCGAGCUCUGGUUCGCCUUCGUUAAUGGAUUUUCGGGCCAGAUUUUAUUCGAACGUUGGUGCAUCGGCCUGUACAACGUGAUCUUCACCGCGUUGCCGCCCUUCACUCUGGGGAUCUUCGAGCGGUCUUGCACUCAGGAGAGCAUGCUCCGCUUCCCGCAGCUCUACAAAAUCACCCAGAACGCCGAAGGCUUCAACACGAAGGUUUUCUGGGGUCACUGCAUCAACGCCUUGGUCCACUCCCUCAUCCUCUUCUGGUUCCCCAUGAAAGCGCUGGAACAUGAUACCGCGUUGGCCAAUGGUCAUGCCUCAGACUAUUUAUUUGUCGGAAAUAUUGUUUACACAUACGUCGUUGUCACCGUUUGUCUGAAAGCUGGUUUGGAGACCACGGCUUGGACUAAAUUCAGUCACCUGGCUGUCUGGGGAAGCGUGCUGAUCUGGCUGGUGUUCUUUGGUGUCUACUCAACCUUCUGGCCCACCAUUCCUAUUGCUCCAGAUAUGAAAGGACAGGUCACGAUGGUUCUGAGUUCCGCACACUUCUGGCUGGGGUUAUUCCUGGUGCCGACUGCGUGUCUGAUCAAAGACGUGGCGUGGAGAGCGGCCAAGCAUACCUGCAGGAAGACGUUGCUGGAGGAAGUGCAGGAGCUGGAAACCAAGACCAGAGUGAUGGGAAAAGAGAUGCUUCACGACAGUAACGGGAAGAGGAUGAACGAGAGGGACCGCCUGUUGAAGAGGCUGAGCAGGAAGACACCCCCCACUCUCUUUCGAGGAGGGUCCUUCCCGGAGACUGUCCCACACGGGUACGCCUUCUCUCAAGAAGAGCAUGGAGCUGUCACUCAGGAGGAAAUGGUCCGUGCUUAUGACACCACCAAAAGGGAACCGAGGCAGGAAUAG